GAUCAAAUCAUGACGGAUAAACACAAAAGAUUAAGCAAAGCAUGUCAGAGAUGCCGUAGCAACAAACGAAAGUGCGAGCAGUCGUGGCCUUGCUCGGCUUGCAGGGCCGCUGGAGUGGAGUGCGUGAUGCGAAGCAAAGCAAGGUCGAAACUCAGCAGUGAAACUGCUGCGCUUCCGCCUGACUGACGUAGUCUGUAGACCCGGUCCCUCGCAUGGUGUAAACGACGUCCAAUCUCGCCGCAGUCGACGGGCACGUAUGCGAUCUGUUAACGAGCCAUGCCUUGUUCUGGAACCCUCUAUUGCAAAUUCACAUCACUUAGACAAGACGACAAGGUGUCCUAUUCGUUCCAAUGGCUCGGAAGUUUUCUCCGGUGUAUCGUGUGCACUCAGCACUCCAACUACGCCAGUGACGAUAAUUUGGCUGAUAAACUCCUACACGAAGAUUCAUUUUGACUUUGAAGUUCAAUUGGAGCUGCAAGAGCCUGAACGAAAGAAAGUAUUGUCUCUGGAACCUUUACAAUCCCAUGAGGGUUUCUCACGUACGACGAGCGUGACCUUUGCAAAAGCAUCACAAGUUUUCUCAACAGCUUCGGAUAGUCUGGGCUAUUAUGCUCAGAUAGUCGACCUCCCAAGUGCCCUUAACGUGCUGGCUAAGAUUCUGCCACCAGGCAUUGUAGCCGACAUGACAGGAGUCGAUCGCAACUGGACUUUACCGCCCCUGGACCUGGCCCUAAGUUUCGCGAUUCUCGCGUGUCUCCUUGUUUCUACGCGAGAUACAAGCGAGUCCAGUUACUAUUUUGAGCUCUCGAUAUAUUGGAUAAACGAGCAUGCAGGUGGUCAGACUAUCGAUUUGGUCGUCAUACAUUUGUUCCACCAUCUUUACGUACUUCGUACAGGCUCAUCGAAUCGCUCAAGAGCAACAGUCGACCAAGCUAUACAGGUUGCGCACGAUUUGAGCCUUCACCAAAAAACGUCAGAUGUUCACGCGUCUUAUGUGUACCUCAUUCUUUGCUUUACGGAUCAAUAUUGUGCAAUGAGCCAUGCCUGCAUGACUAGAAUCAAAGCUUCCAAUCUUGAGCUUGAAAACUUUCAUCCUUUGCUUGAAGAGCAUCCUGAGCUUCGCCCCGUAGUGAAUAUGGUCCAGCUUAACGGCAAGAUCAUCGAACGCCUGUAUGACGGGGAAUCUACGGGAAUGGAGGAGGUCGUGGAUAUCGAGCAAGACAUCGUGCAAGCUCGUUCAGAGCGUUCAUCUAAAGUCAGGUCAAGCGAUGAUACGCCCGAGGCUCAAUUCGAAUCCUUAGUAUCUAUCAACAUGUAUUGGCUGCGCGUAUUGCUGCGUAUACCUCUGCUUGCAUCAUCUCGUGGUUGGCUGUCUUCAAUUAGCGUAGGUGUUCGUGGAGCACAAAUGAUUCUCCUUGAAUACUACGAGAUUGUGUCCAAGCGACAGACUGUGACUGCAAACAACGCAUCCAGCUGCUCUUACAAAAGCAACAGUACAGGACGCCACAUUCUACCAUCGACUUGGAGGCAGGUCUGCAGGAUUAUGACCUCAUGUCUAAUACUAUUCUACGCAUUCUGGCACAUGGAAUUAUCUCAUGCCGAAUUGUCGCAAUUCGUGGCCAAAACGCUGGUAUUACUUCAUGGCCACAGUCUCAGAUGGGGAGAAAGUCUGGACAACAUGAAGACUACCUUGCGGGAGUUAUCAGCACUAUGCAAUAUAGAUAUCCAGGGUUCGUUGGAAGAACUACUCCCAAACCAUGACUCGGAGCUGGAAGCCGGCGUCUUGAGUCAAAGAACACAACCUACAGAUUCGCAGGAAAGCUUUUUCUUUGGUAGCGAUGCAACUGUACGGCAAAGUAUAAUUAUCUCUACGAACCCGGUACCUGAGGUAUUCUCAUCUAUCGACACGGCAUGGGCCUCUGGAUAUGGUUGCUUCGACCCAUACGCUUUGACCGAUGGCUUCGAUACUGAUCUAGAUUUUUCGUUCCUCCAUGCACUCGGAGGCGUCCAUUUUCCUACUGUUCAUCCGAGCACAUGAUUUGGGCUUGCACGACGAAAUUUUAUGCAGCUAAGCCGAUCGAUAGAUAUGUCUGAGG